AUGUUCCUUCUGAGGACUACCUAUGAAGAAAUGCUCAGCUCCCGGAUGAAUAUCACCUCUGCUGGAAGCGCAAAGUCCAUUGAUCCGAAUUUGAAUUUUGUCGAAUUAUGCAUGUCCAAAUGUCCGUCGAUCCCUUUACUGGCAUCAACUACUCCGACUGGAACUCUCAACCCAACCGAGAGCAACCAAAAAACACGGAAGCACUUUGUGGUAGACCUCCACUUUGCCUUUCUAUACCAUGAACUUGAAGAUGAUGAUUUGGUUGAGGAUGGGGAAAACACCACUAUCCGCGGGACGGAAGAAACUACACUGUCCGAGAAUGUGCGGUUUUAG